AGAGCGCAGUGUGUGUGAUGCUUUCACUUCCUCACACGAAGAAGAAAUAGGACCCUACUUUCAAAUGUUGUUGUGUCAUGUGUGUAUUUGAGUGAAACUUCAUCCUCAGGGCGUUUUUAAGUGUUUUUAACAACACGAAAACUGUACAUUCUCGUGUUUUUUUUAGAUCUGGGACUUGUUGAUGCUGAAAUUUAAACCUUUGUCGACUCUGUGAGGAGAUGGUUUUAUGUAGCUAAGAGUAGGGAUGUCCUCAAGGUGGACCGAGCGGCAGGGAAAGGUUGGAGACCUGAGGAACCAGAGCAUAGAGGAGCUCCAGGAGCUGCUGCUCCGGCAGCAGAAGAUCCUGUCUAAUAAAAGGUUGUUGCAGACUCUUCCAGACAAAGGGAAGAAGAACAAAGACUUUGCAGAAAAAGUGCGCCUUGCCAUUGAACAGUGCAGUGAAGAGGAGAGGAGGCAGAGCUUGGUGUCUGCUGCCAGAGCAGAGUUACAGUCCAAGUAUCACCAAGCUUUCUCCCACCAGCAACGUGCCGUACCCUUAACAUCAGAAGCUGCAUGCCUAAAUGAAGAAAGUGAGGGUGCUGCAGGUGAUGAUACACAGGAAGGGGUAAACACCUCUUUGGACAAGCAACAAGACCGGUGUGUUUCCACAGUGGAGAUCAUGAAGACAGCUACAAAUGAGGAUCCGCUGAACUGUGAUCAGACCAAAGAAAGUAAACUUGUGGAGGCCAUGGACAGAGUUUCAUUGUCUGAAACAAGUGCAGGUCAAUUUAAAGAACAAUCAGGCAUCAAGGAAAAGGAAACUUACUUUCUCCGAAAGCAGCUAGCUAAAAAACCUCACUAUGUAACCGUCCUAGAAAAAAUAGAGACGUCUGCAGCUCCCAAGAAGCACAAAUUCAGACCGAAUCAACUACCACACAAAAAUGAUGGCUCUCCAUUGGGGUCUUUGUCUCCUGGGCAGUCCUCUGAAACUGCGUCACCGCUAUCUGCUCAGGCCAGGAAGGAGCGUAACAGGAAGCACCUGGACGACAUCACUGCAGCCAAGCUCCCUCCUCUUCAUCACAGUCCAGCACAGCUUCUGUCUUUGGAUGAGUCGGCCGCACUCGUCAGAGAACAGAUAAAGAAACAGCAGGAGAUGCAGGCCAAACUGGCCGCCCAGAAACUGUCCGAAGGACUGAAGAUCUCUAUGGGGAGCUACACUCCCGAUGGUGGCCCCAUGGCUGCCUACAGAGAGGUUUACGAUGAAGGAGCCCACCUCUCCUCUGAGGAGGACUGAUCCUAGAUGGACAGCUUGGGAAAAUGGUGUAACCUUGGCAUCUGAUGGAAAGAGGCUUUGGACUUCAUCGUUUGGGAUUUCAAGACCAGGAUCUCUUAAGAGAGGAAACCAGUCUUUGCUCAGUGUGAAUAGCUUAUAACAAUCAGGUCCAGAAAGAAAAUUGUCACAAAAGUUUUGAUGGGUUCAGUUGUUGCAAAGUCUUGCUACUGUAAAAGCAUGUUCAACUGACAUGGAGUCCUAAAGUUAUAAUUUUGAAGGAGUUACUCUAGGAAAACAUUGAAACUGGUGACAUAGCAUUCUGUGUCUAGCGUUGCUUAUAUAACUGUGUGGAUGAUUACAACUUCAACAGGCACUAUGCAAAAAAAACAAAAUUUUUCUCAGACCGCAGGGCUAUAAGAUGUACAACAGAACUUAAUAAAACCUUCAUUUUUAA